AUGCGACGCCCUCCUGCAUGCACCAAAAAAAAGGAUGCUGAUCCGUGCAUCGACAUCCCACCACCUUCUGAUAUCCCCUCGAUACCUCAACGAGAGCAUUCCAAACACUCGAUCAUGUCAGGUCCAUCGUCACAGGGCUAUACAGCUGACAACGGCUUGAGGCGCAUCAAUACGGGGCUUUCGGAAGCCAGCGCCGGAGGUCCUCGCAGUAGCGGUGCUGGGAGCGGUCGCUUGUCGCUGCACAUCCCCAACGCCUAUCCUCGAGCCCUCUCGCCACGAUCAGCAAACAGCUCCAAGCAAGGCACGCCGUCCUCAUCUCGGGCUGCUUCGCCUUCUAGACAACCAGUAUCUGCAUUCGAUGCGGUCAAGGGGCCAGCCCAAGGGGAGGCGGACGAGCGUUCAAGUCGCUCGGCUAGACCGCCACGCGUGAGGGUGUUUCGACGCGACAGCUCGCUCAUCACUGUUCACCAGGUCGAUGAUGGCGCUAGCGACGGUGCUGAGCCAUCAACGAUCGCUGCGCCGCGUACAAGAGCGUUCCUCCGACCGGUCAUAGCAGUUCGCGACUUUUUCGCUACCAAGCAGACCUCGUCCAGUUCAGCGAGGGACUUCCUCGCGCGCGAGCGCAAUUUCUUCAGCUGGCUCCGUCUCUCCUGCCUGCUGGCCAUUCUAUCCGCCUCGUUGAUCCUGCAGCUUCAACUACCCGACUCUGUCCGCUCUUCGUCACAUCCUCGACGCAGACACAGCCACACCCCAGUGGAUUGGGACAACUUGCCGCUGGCAUCAAAAGCCUUCGCGGGAAUCUUCUUCGUGCUCUCCUUGCUCGCUUUAGCAACGGGACUCGCAGACUACCUCUCUGCAGAGCGCCAGCUCGAAAAGGAACAGGUCGAUUUCGACGAAACCGAAGGCGUCUUUCUCAACGACGCACACACUUCGCAGUUUGUACACGUCGUCAUGCUCACCGUAGGCGCUGGCAUCGUCGCUUCCGCUCUAUGGCUCAUAGCCUCGUAA